ACCAACGUGAUCAAAGCGUGCCUUCUUUGAACGAAGUAACGUGGAAGUGAGUGAACCAGUAAACAUUAGCUACAUUGCUAUAUUCUUGUAACAAUUUGUUUUAUGUGCGAUUUAUUCAUGGUUAUCUUUGGUGCGGAGUAUGUUAUUCAGUAGCAGUGUAAGUUAGCACAAGCACGCGAUCAUGGAACACACUAACUGCAACAGUAUGCUCAAGAAGAGGUUUAUUUUCCCCAAACUUGCUUUAAAGCCAGAAGUACAAUCAUAUCUGAGGAAUGUCUUUACAAACAAAGAGCUGGUGGCAGCAGUGGGCCAGGAGGAGGCAGAGUCUGGGUUUGAGGAGCUGCUCUGUCACCUGUCCCACCCCCCCUCCUUCACCUGUGUGCGGGCCAGCACCCACCUGGAACCUCUGGACAUCAUCCGGGAGCGGCUGCUGGAGGAGCUCAGACAGCAGAUGAGCUCCUACAAUGGUGUGGACAUUCCCAUACUUUCUCACACACAAGUUCCAGAUGUUUUGCUUCUUCCUGUCGUCGGCCCCAGGGCCGCCCUGCCAGAGAACCCUGAGGUCAUCGUGGGCACUCAGUGCGGGAAUGCAGUGCUGCGUGGAGCCCACGUCUUCGCUCCCGGGAUCCUGUCCGCCCCCAAGUACAUGAAGGCUGGGGACAAGGUGUCUGUCUUCUCCGACGUUGAGGGGAAGUGCACGCGAGGAGCCAAGGAGUUCCAUGGGAAGAAGGUGUUUGUGGGAAACGGGGUCGCCGAAAUGGGUCGCGCCAACAUCUUCUGCUCCGAUGAACCCAUCAAAGGUGUAGGUAUCCGGAUGGUGGAGCCGGUCUAUCUCAGCCCCUCCUUUGAUGAUCUUCUCCCCAGCAUGGUGUUCCUGCAGAACCUGCCGUCCGUGGUGGUGAGCCACGUCUUGGGACCACGCCCCGGGGAGAGGGUACUGGACAUGUGUGCAGCUCCGGGGGGGAAGACCACACACAUCGCCGCUCUGAUGAGGGGUGAGGGAGAAGUAAUCGCUCUGGACAGGAUCAAUGGCAAGGUGGAGCGCAUCCGCCAGAACGCCCAGGUCUUACAGCUCGACUGCAUCAAGGCCUUCUGUUUCAACAGCACCCAGGCUGUGUGUACUGAGCAUGCCCAGAACCCGGACACUACAGAUGGCCCCCCCUUUCCCGCGGAGAGCUUCGACAGGGUGCUGCUGGACGCCCCGUGCAGCGGUCUGGGACAGCGUCCGAACAUGGGCUGCUCCUGGAGCCUGCGGGAGGUCCGGUCCUAUCAACCGCUGCAGCGCAAGCUCUUCCACGCGGCAGUACGGUUGCUGAAGACAGGGGGUGUGCUGGUGUACAGUACCUGCACUGUGACGCUGGCAGAGAAUGAGGAACAGGUGGCCUGGGCUUUGGACACAUUCCCCUGCCUGUCACUGCAGCCACAGGAGCCCCACAUCGGAGGAGAGGGGAUGCUGGGAGCAGGGCUGUCACAUGACCAGCUGCGGCUCCUCCAGAGGUUCAGUCCCGUACGGGAGCCGAGCGGGGAUCCGGACCAGGACCCCGAUCCCACCGGCGACCUCCUCCAGAGGGCCAACACUGACACCAUCGGCUUCUUCAUCGCCAAGUUCCUGAAGACCUGACUGUUUACAGCACUCACCUCCGCAGUCAUGGCCUUCCUGUGCACCGUGCCUUAUUUAGGAGAGAACGAGAGAGAGAGAGAGAGAGAGAGAGAGCGAGAGAGAGAGCGAGAGAGAGAGCGAGAGAGCGAGAGAGCGAGAGCGCGCGAGAGCGCGCGCUGCCGAAUGCAGUCCUGCUACUGUUACCAUGACAACAGUGACGACACAGCUGCCAUGGCGACAGCAGACUGCUGGAUCUUUUUGGACGCACAUCGGGAAGUAGCGUGCUCGAAGAGGUCACAAGAGGUACUAACGAUUCACUGCUCAAGUCGGCCCGCUUUUCUGCGCAGGGUACAAACAGAGAGCACCGUGGUUGUUUACCCAGGUAGAAGCAGCUCUUUGGAGCCCUGAAAUUAUUGAUGUCUUGCAUACAUGUCUACACAUGUAAGUGUUUCUGCAGAAACUCUCUGGACAUGCAUUGUUUAUGUGUUCCGGUGUUUUCAGUCUAAAUAAAACUUUCACACUUUUAACAC